AUGCAAAAAGACAAAAUUGCAUUUGGUUCUGCAACCCCCAUCCGCAUGGAUCAACAAGGGAGGAGAUCCGCACCAACCAAAAUGGGUAAAGUGCUGACACCAAGGAGCAGCAGCCCGCUCAGCGUGCACGUAGACAAGCUCCCCUGCAUCAUUGAACAGGUCUUUUCAACACUCGCGUGGGAUGAUUUGAAUGAGUGCGCGUCUGUGCUGAACCGGGACAGCGACUCCCUCGGGUCUCAGGUGACUGAAUCUGAUGAAGAAUUUGGAGAUUACGCAUUAAACUUCAUGGGAGAUUCUCCUGCUACCCUGGAAAGCAGCCUGUCUCCUGCUGAGCUCAUACCGUUUCAGGGCUGCGUCAUACCUCCCCUCGACCCUCAGCAGGACUUGUGGGCUGAAGAUGAGUUGGUUGACUCUUCCACAGAAACAGACAGACCUCCUGCUCACGACGGAAAUCCCUGGAGGGAAAUUGCUCAGUGUGAGACCAGGGUGCUGAGGGGGUCAUGGGAAAGUCAGCUCCAUGAGACAGCAUACCAAAAACAGGAAGAGACUGACUCCCUCCAGGGGAGAACCCUUCAGCUCCAUCAGCUGGCUAGUCGUGCUAAGCACCUAUCCUCGGUGAUAGAAAAACUGAUGACCUUCAGGGACCCAGUGAUAGUUUGUGGUGAUAAAACGUCACUGAGUCCUUGUAAACGGCAGCGACUGGACCAGGGAAGUGAAGCGGAGUCGUUUGACUCAGUGGAGGAGAUCCUCAGGGACAUCAGAGCAUGCUGCAAUGAUGUCCUGCACAGCAUGGCUCCUGCUAAAAGCCUGCAGCAGGACUCAGACAACAUACAAAUGUAUGGUGCAUUUGCAGGCCUACAUACGUCUGUUUCCAGAGACGGCACCAGGAGGAUCGACGGAGGAGAGGCUGCACGCAACACCUCGUCUUUCCGAACGUGUGUCAGGGAACACAGCACCAUAAGGACACAGGUGUUUCCUCACGGGCACGCCUUUACAUCAAGAACACACAAUGGAGGCUAUUGCUUUCGCUGGUUACCCAACCACAGCUGA